GGAGAAGGCGGACGUCUAACCCUAACCCUGAUUCAACAAUGGAAGGGCUCAUGCAUGUGUCCCGAGCUUGUCCGAUUGACAGCCCGUGACGACACGACAUGACGCUAGAAAAAUCUCGGGAGCGGCCAUGUCAUUUGAUGCACUGUGCCUUGUCCCGCACUCAACAUUUUUUUCCGCAGCAGGGAUAUGUCAAUGUCUACCUCGGUCUGGGCCAGUUCCACCAAAAUCUUGUGGCGAUUGUCGCGCAAUGCCAUGUUAUUACCUAGUUCUAGCUGAAACAACAUCCAUUCUUCGCAGAGGACUAUUACCUAUUGCAUUGCACGCUUCCUGUGAGAUGCCAGCCAGCGGCAUGUCCAAUGCCGUCUGUUGCUGACGUUGACAACGAAUGACCAUGAGUGCUUCAACCUCAACCUCAACCCUUCCCGCCCUGGUCGCCCGGCGCCUGAAUAGCGGCCUCGGCCUCGGCUCGGGCUGGACAUGCGCCAGCUGCCGCUACCGGCCCCCUCCCCGACGUCCGACGACGCUGCUGCCUCGACCUCCCUCGUCUUCCUCCCCCUACUCAUCCUCUUCCCGGCCGUAUUCCCGGCAGUAUUCGAGCGCAAAACCCAAGUCCUCCCCGUUUGCGCUCCCGAAACCACCACGCCCACGCCGCCGGCGCGCCGUGCUCCUCGCAGCGACAGGAGGGGCUGCCACGUUGGGGCUGCUGGCCGUUGGCGACGAUGUCAGGAGUGCCUACGAAGCCCUCGAGAGGUCUGGCAGAGUCGCCGGCGCCCUCAUUGUCUGCAUCAACGAUUACCGGACCGCCCUGAAUCAGCGAGAAAAGCUGGACGACAGGGACGAGAGCGACCUCGUCCUAAAGGCCUGCCACAAGCGAUGCGCCGUGAGGACGCUGCGGGUGCUCGAGAAGAAUGGCGGCAUCUUCAUCAAGCUGGGGCAACACCUUAGCGCCAUGAACUACCUCCUACCCAACGAGUGGACGACCACCUUCAUACCCCUGCAGGACCGCUGCCCCGUCUCGUCGCUCGAGUCCAUCGAGAACAUGUUCAAGGCCGACACGGGCGAGGACCUGGCCGACUACUUUUCGGAAUUCUCUAGCGAGCCUAUAGGCGCUGCCUCGCUUGCCCAGGUGCACCUGGCCGCCAUCAAGGAGACGGGCCAGAAGGUGGCCGUUAAGGUGCAGCACCCCAAUCUCCAGAAAUGGGCGCCGCUAGACAUGGCCCUCACCAAGUUCACCUUCUCCACCCUCAAACGCUUUUUCCCCGAGUACGACCUCGAGUGGCUGUCGUCCGAGAUCGAGUCGUCGCUCCCGCAGGAGCUCGACUUCCAGUGCGAGGCCGAGAACGCCCUGCGCACAAAGGCCCACUUCGCCCGCAUCCCCGAGCUGCCGCUCGUCGUGCCCGACGUCAUCUGGGCCAAGAAGCGCCUGCUCGUCAUGGCCUGCGAGACGGGCCACCGCCUCGACGACCUAGCCUACAUGGACGCCGCCGGCAUCGACCGCGACGAGGUGUCGGCCACGCUGGCCCGCAUCUUCAACGAGAUGAUCUUCGGCGAGGGCGCGCCCCUGCACUGUGACCCCCACGGCGGCAACAUCGCCAUCCGCAAGAAGACGACGGCGCCGUCGCGCGGGGCCGCCAACUUCGACAUCGUGCUCUACGACCACGGGCUGUACCGUGACAUCCCCGAGGACCUGCGGCGGUCGUACGCCAAGAUGUGGCUAGCCAUCAUUGACGGCGACGUGCCGCGCAUGAAGAAGUACGUGCACGAGGUGGCAGGCAUCGACGACGACAAGUUCCCGCUCUUCGCGUCGGCCAUCACGGGCCGCGACUUCAGCGUCGUGAGCUCGCCGACAGCCGGCAGCAUCACGCGGCCGCGCGACGCCGACGAGCAGAAGACGAUGAGCGCCGCGCUGCAGGACGGGCUGAUCGCCGACCUGGUGCAGAUGCUCGGCCAGGUGCCGCGCAUCAUCCUGCUUAUCCUCAAGACGAACGACCUCACGCGCAGCCUCGACGAGAACCUACACACGCGCCAAGGCCCCGUGCGCCAGUUUCUUAUUCUUGCCCGCUACUGCUCGCGCACCGUCUUCCGCGAGCAGCUCGACGCCAUCCGUCGCCGCGCCGGCUCCCUGUGCUGGCCCCCCAACGCCCUGCGCCUGCUGGCCGCCUGGCUUGGCUUUGUGAGGGUCGAGCUCAAGCUCGAGGUCUUUGAGACGUGGCUAGCCGUGAAGCGCGUCUUUGGGCCCCGGAAACCCUCUUUGGAAUUUGGGGGGAGCGAAAAGCAUGUAAUUGCAUCGUAGAUGUAAAGAUAGAAAUAGAAAUAGAAGGGGGGGGGGAGAGUCAAAUAAUACUAUUUAUCUGUCUUGUGUACAUAGACAACAGCGUCUCUGUUCCGUUCAAGCAUGCAUGCAUCUGCGUCGACGUAGCACACAACUAGGAUUGCUGGGACUUGUUCAUACCGAUUUCGAAGUGCUAUUCUUUCUGCAUUAUCUUGGACUCGCUCUGGUAAAUUGUGUCGGUCACAUCAAUACAUCAAUACAUCUGUCC